UGUUGGGCCAACGUUGGCAAAUGGUUGUAUGGUUGGCGUUGGGUAUACAACGUUGGGCCAACGUUGGGCCAAUGCUACCAUGUGAGGUUUCUCAACAAUGUUGGAAAUCCUACGUUGGCCCAACGUUGGCCCAACUCCAGCUUGCUUAAUCGUCCAAGAAGGUUGGGUUUAUAAAGUUGGCCCAACAUUGGCCCAACUCCAGUUUGCUUUAUCAUCCAAAAAGGUUGGGAUUAUAAAGUUGGCCCGACAUUGGCCCCACUCCAGUUUUCUUUAUCAUCCAAGAAGGUUGGGGUCAUAAAGUUGGCCCAACAUUGGCCCAACGUUUGUGACAGAUCCUAUAAAAAAAAACAGUUUAUUUAGCUGUUUAUAGUACGUUGGCCCAGCGUUGGCCCGAUGUAAGCAUGAGUGUUCUUUUAUAAUAGUUUUUAAGUUGGAUGGUUACAUUGAUCCUACAGUGACCCAACGUUGGUCCAACGUAAACCAAAUCCAUUUUUUUUUAUCAUCAAAGAAGGUUGCGAUUAAAAGUUGGCCCAACAUUGGCCCAACGUUUGUGAAGCAUCCCAUAUAAAAUAGUUUAUUGAGCUGUUAAUAGAACAUUGACCCUGUGUUGGCCCGAUGCAUGUAAACAUGAGUGUUCAAAUUAGUGUUCAAGUUUAAGUUGGGAUUGUUACAUUGGCCCGAUGUUGGCCCAACAAUUGCUUUACGAUCUAAAAUUCAGUGUUCUUGUUAGCUGAGAAACAUAAGAUAGUGCAAAUGCGUUGGUGCUUUUUUUUAAUGAAACUUGUUAAUUUGCUGAGGUCCCUGUAAUAAAUUCUAAGAUUUCAAAUUUUUGUCAAAUAGUUGUUUCAAAUUUAUCUGAUAUUGCAAAAUAUUAAAGAAUAAUAAUAUAAAUUCAGGAAGCAGAUUCUGAAAUAAAUAACUAAUAAAACGCUGCAUUAACGUAUGAAAAGACAUCUGAAUUAAGUUCCCAGGGACAGGAUGUACAUGAGGCUUAUGCGUGUAUACAUAAAUCAAAGUAACCCAACAAGGUUCAUGAUUGUUUUGAAACAGUUAGAUAGGCCAGUCGUUAAAACCAAUGGAGUCUGAGCGAUUAAAACAACAAGAUGCGGGCACUGUGGUGUGAGAUGUCAAAUUCAAUUACCCACAGGUGGUUUACAGACUCAAUAUACAGAGCGGGAUUUUACUUUUGGAUUAUUCAACGGUUAUAUAGCUGUUUCAAAAAAGAGAUGUCUAUGUACGCAGUGGUUGAGUUUAUUGAUGAGGGCUCUGUUGCGGUCGUUCCUAAGACCUGGCUCACUGAUGACAAGAAAAAGUGCAAAUGGCCGAUGUGGACAAAUGUGGACAAAAUAAACCAUGCUGUUAAACAGUCCAUGGAGCCUACACCUUCUUUCAUGUGUCUUUCCAUCCGAGUGUUGUAUGAAUCUGACGAUUAUGAAAAGGCUAGGAAAAGGCUUUCGAGAGCAGAAGUAACUUCAAACUUAGAGAGUGACCAGGCAGAUGAAGAAACAGACACAGUACCGAAAAGAAAGAAAAAACCAAAUCCAAGAUAUGAUCCCCUUUCCUCUGAAAGCGAGGAAGAGAAUGAAUGUAAUAUAAGCCAGGACAAAACUUCAGGUAGCCUUCGAAGAUCACCUCGAAAAUCAAAGAAACAAUUUCCGGACCCACCACCACUCCCUGCCCUGCCUUCACUUGCAUCACCAGCACGGAAAGCACCCUCGACCCCAUCCACUAAAACAACAUCAAGUUCGACAUCAUCACCAACUUCAUCUAAAUCUGCACUGGAUUCAACGCCAAAUCAACAAAUGACAGCAACGAACAUCAAAAUCCUCACUAUUUUAGAGGAUGUAAAGGGACAGGUCAGAUUUAAUACCAAAUUACUUCAGAAUAUAUUGGCAAAAGUUGAGGUUACUGGAACAACUACUACCACCAUGGAGAAUGAGGUAGACAUUGGAAUUGAAUUUCCCUUGAAAACCCAAGAGGAACUGGACUCUUUAGAGGAGCAACUGGAGAGCCAAGAAACCACCAAAAUAAUGCUUGGAAAACUAAUAUGUAUCGGUGGUGACAAUGUGCAAACCUGUGUGCGGAGAGUACUUUCAUUUUUGAUGGCAACAUCACUGGCAAUCCAAUUGAACUGGAGCGGUAAAGGAAGUAAAAGAGGGCUCUCAAGUCUCAAGUUAAAAGACAUAAUUAUAAAGGCUGUGAGAAAAAAUAAAUUUUGCAGUGCAGCGACUGACAAUGAAAUUGAAAGACUUGUGAAGGACUGGCUAAGGUACGCCAAGGAUCGUGAUGGGGGGAGAAGAAAAAGGGAGGAGAAAAAGAAAGAGAAGGAAAGGGACAGUGAGGAAGCUAGCCAGGAUUAAAGACUUUGAUUAAUUAUUUCCAAAAACUUUCUUCAUCAUCUUUUUAAUACUACUUUUGUACUUUUUGACAAUUUAAUUGAUAUAAAAUCUUCAUCAUCUUUUUAAUAUUACUUUUGUACUUUUUGACAAUUUAAUUGAUAUAAAAUCUUUUUACAGAUAAUCAUUUGUAAUGGUUUUUUUUCUACUCGUAAG